AUGACUGCACACGGGAACCUCGACAUCCGGCCAACCGUGGCUGAUGCCCAGAGCCUGUUCGAGCAGACAAAGACCUCGAGCCCCAAGCCUACCCUGCUGCCCGUGUGCAUUACGGUGCCUUCCGACCUACUAACACCUUCAGCGACCUACCUGAAGCUGUCAAAUGGCGCCACCGCCGAGUACUCAUUCCUCCUUGAGAGCGCCACAGGAAGCACCGAAACGGUUGGGAGGUACAGCUUCAUCGGGGCCAACCCGAGGAAGGUCAUAGCGACCGGGCCCGGUUACGAGGAUGUGGGGGACCCGCUCCGCGCCCUCGAGACGGAGCUUGGCCAGGACAGGGUGAUCAACAUCCCCUCGCUCAAGCUCCCUAGCUUGACUGGCGGUGCCGUCGGCUAUGUUUCGUACGACUGCAUCAAGUACUUUGAGCCCAAGACAGCCCGCGCCCUCAAGGACAACCUCCAAAUCUCAGAAGCCCUCUUCAUGCUCUACGACAUCAUCGGCGACAUCAUCCAGGCCGUCCCCUCCCAGCGCUUCUCGCGCGGCACCGCCCUGCACCCCUUCAACAUCUACCGCACCCUGCGCACCCUCAACCCCUCCCCCUACCUCUUCUUCCUCAGCUGCACCGACUUCCACAUCGUCGGCGCCUCGCCCGAAUGCCUCGUCAAAACGGACGGCUACGCGCCCCUACCCAUCGACACCCGCUUCGCCUACUCGGCGGCCGAGCAAUCCCGCUCGCGCCCGCGCAUCGUCAACCACGCCAUCGCCGGCACCAUCCGCCGCGGCCUGAACCCAGCCGAGGACGACGAGCUGGCCGCCGAGCUGCAGGCGAGCACCAAGGACCGCGCCGAGCACGUGAUGCUGGUCGACCUGGCGCGCAACGACGUCAACCGCGUCUGCCACCCCUCCACCGUCAAGGUCGACCGCCUCAUGCGCAUCGACCGCUUCAGCCACGUCCAGCACCUGACCAGCGAGGUCUCCGGCCUCCUCCGCCCGGAGUGCACCCGCUGGGACGCCAUGCGCAGCAUCUUCCCCGCCGGCACCGUCUCGGGCGCCCCCAAGAUCAAGGCCAUGGAGCUGAUCUACGACCUGGAGGGCGAGAAGCGCGGCAUCUACGCCGGUGCGGCGGGCUGGUUUGCGUACGACGAGGUGCGCGUCGAGACGGACAAGGUCACGGGGGCGCGCGCCGUGGUUGCGUACGAGGGCCAGAUGGACACGUGCAUUGCCAUUCGGACCAUGCUGGUCAAGGCGGGCGUGGCGUAUCUGCAGGCGGGCGGCGGCAUUGUGUUUGAUAGCGAGAAGACGGAGGAGUGGAUGGAGACGAUGAAUAAGCUGGCGGCGAACUUGCGCUGUAUCGAGUUGGCGGAGCAGUAUUAUGGUGCUGGGGGUGGCCCGGCCGCGAAGUCGGUGCAGGAGAUUAUUGAGGAGGAGAGGCGGAAGGGCGACGAGGCGUAUAAGCUGCAGGCGGGGGCGUGA